GCCGGAUCUCGCGAGAUUUGGGCGGCGCCGUGGAGCCGAGUUUGAACGGCGGCAGCGGCCGUACUGACCCACCCAGGAACCUGUUUGUGGAAGGUGAUCAGCUCCGGAAACCUUUCAGCCUGAGUGUGCAACGUGGUAGGUGCAGAUAUGGACUUGUGUGGAGUGCAAAAAUAAGGUCAAGAAAUACUUCAAUGGUCUUCUGGAGUGUUGAAUAAAAGAAGGGAGAAAAAUGGAGGCAGAGACCAUUUUAAGUCUUAAACAGCAACUCAAGGAAGCAGAGAACGAGCGAAGAAAGGCAGCACAAUAUGGUUUGCAUUUACUGGAGUCCCAAAGUGAGAUUCAAAAUCAGCUGGAUCAAACACGCUCUGAAUUGACUGAGAAAACUGAGAAAUUUGAGCAAGAGAAGUACACUCUUCAGAGAGAAAUUGAGCUCAAGAAUCGAAUGUUGGAAAGCUUGAAUUUUGAGUGUGAUUCCCUUAAACAACAGCAAAAUGUGCAACUGGAUAAUCAGAAAGAACAGCUUGACAGAGCCUAUGGACAAGAAAUCAGUGACCUUAAAAACAAGUUGGAGAACCUGAAAGCAGAACUGGAUGAAACUCGACUCUCAGAGAAACAGCUGAGACAAAAAGUGGAGCAUCAGAAGGAAAUAAUUGCUGCCAAAUCAGAAGAACUGCACAUGAUGUCUGAGCGUGUCCAUGAGACCAUGUCUGCUGAAGUGCUCAACCUGCAGAUAGAGCUCACUGAACUCCAGAGUCAGAAGGCCAAUGAUGAAGAAAAGCUGAAUGAACUGCAGUGCAGUAAAGAACAAUUAGAGCUUGUGAACAAUAACUUACGUAACCAGCUGGAGCGGCUGCAGGGGGAAAAAGAAGAGAGGGAAAAAGAAGUUGUUUUUUACUGUAAUGCAUUAGAGAAAGCUCGUGAGGCUAAUCAGGAGCUUCAGGUUCAGCUGGAUCAUGCAGUGCAAAAAUCUUUGGACCCUUCAAGUAAAGGCAAUUCUCUCUUUGCCGAGGUGGAGGACCGUAGGGCAGAAAUGGAACGACAGCUGAUCAGUGUGAAAGUAAAAUAUCAGUCCCUACAAAAACAGCAUGCAUUCAGUAGAGAACAAUUGCAAAGAAUGAAGCUGCAGAUGGCUACGCUGCUACAGCUGAAAGGCUCCCAGGCAGAAUUUGAUCAGCUGGAACGCUUACAGUCCAUGUUAGAGCAAAAGAAUGGUGAAAUAGAAGAUCUCCUUAUGAAAGUGAGGCAGCUAGAAAAAUUUAAGAGUUUAUAUGAGAAUAUGGAGGAGUCCAGACCUGCUAAUGGCGCAAAAGGAAGUGAUUCUGAAAAUGGUUACUAUGCAGAUUUACUGCAAAUUAAACUUGAUAACUCAAACAAGGAAACUGAAACCCUGAAAAAUGAACUAUCCCUGCAGAGAAUGAAAGCUCUGUAUGAGAGCCAAAGGGUCCUGGAAUUUGAAAGGAAGCUCUUCACAAAUGAGAGGCAUUUGCAAGCUUGUCAGAGUGAGAAUAUGAACCUGCGGGUUAUGCUGGAUGAGCUGAAAAUGAAAUAUGAACCUGAAGAAUUGCUUAAAGGUCCUAAAAUUAAAAAGAAGAGGGAGAGAAUUCCAGUGAAUGCAACUUGUGAAUACUUAGACAGCAAAAAUACUCCAGUAAAAGAAGCUGCUCUCACUCAAUUGCCAAGUAAGGAAGGGAAGAAGAUGACUGCCAAGAACCUGGAGCAAAGUGAUGCUUCUCCAAAAAAACAGCCCUUCCAAGCAUCCCCACUACAUACAGCUCUCCAGGCAAUACGAAACAUUGUUGAACCUGAAAGAGAAAGAAAAAGAGUUAAAAUUCAAGACGAGAAUCACCUCACCUUGACUUCAAAUAGCAGAAGUGGAAACAACUCCUUGGCUCCAGCUGUCCCCAGGUCAGUGUCAGCUUCUGUCUCUGCUCAAGGCAAUCAGCACAGACCUGCAUCUCUUUUCUUUCGCUGCAUGAACUGUGCUCUCCACUUCUUUAUCUAUUUCCUCAGUGUUGCAUGCAGUGUCAUUCCUCAGCUCCGGCUGCCCACGCUGAACCUCUCACUGCCUUUUAGGAGGACUAAAAUGCUGACUAAUAAAAAAGACUCUUGAAACAGUCUCUGAAAUAACUUUCCCAUUGCUUGAAGACAUUUAGAGUGUGCAGGUAGCAUGGCAGCUCACUUGGUUUGCACCAGCAUCAGAAACUUUGUGUUCUUGGUCACCUCGAAACUGCCAUGCAGCUGUGUUACAGCUCAAGGUAAUAAAGGCAACUGGAAUCAUGUUCCAGUUUCAUAACUAUGUUCAGCCCCCCACAACUUCCAGAUUUAGCUAAAAGCCUAAAAAAUUAUUUGAGUAGUUCUUCACCUGAAUUGUGUUAACUUUCAUUAUGCAAGAUAAUAGAGAAUUAAUUAGCUAUCUGUAUUGUCAGACAAAUGAAAUGCAUGGUCUGGAUGCAUGAUAGCUGGAAACACAACUGCCAAAUUAAGAUGGAAUUUUUCCCCUGAACUGAGAAUUGAAGUUACUUUUUGCUAGAUGAUAAAGCAACAGAGAACAGUCAUUAUCUUCAGCUUUUUUAUCCUGGUGAAAACAAUGCUGAUUUUGAUUUUCUGCUUUUUUAACUAAUGCUUCUUGUAUUCUGUUCAUAAUCUUUGUAAACACAUAUUCAAAUGUUUGGGGGUAGAAAAAAGUCUAGGCUAGUCCAGAUGUUUUGGGCUUGCAACUUUCUAAUAUCUGCUAGAAGAAAUAGCCAAAGUUAGUGGCAUUCAGGAGUAAUUGGAUUGAUGCUUUGGCUCUUAGACCAAUUACUCGUGGUUGCAUUGAUGCAAUUAACAGACUUAAAGUAGCCAAGCAUUGCAGUCUUCUUAAACUAUGGAGAGAAUAUGGCAGAAACAGCAGUUUUAGCAGCUGUGUUAAAAUAUGGGAUUGUUAGUGAGGAGGGAAGGUCAGGAAGGUCAGAUGUGGGUGAAAGUGGAGAGGAAAGAUUGGGAUAAUUUAGUGAUGCUAUUGGGUUUUGACAAUGUCCUCUACACAUAAAGGAACAGGCAGAAUGUAACAUGAUAUGAAAAGUUUAACUUACUUCCUCUGCAUUGGGAAAAGAAGAUACAAUGUAUGCUUACAGGAAACUGUUGGAAAUAGUUUAUGGGAACUGAAGGGGGAAACCUACUGAAGAGGGCGUGAGUAGUGGAAAUUAUUUGUGGCAUUGAUGCUGGAAAGCAGAGAGAGUAGAAAAAGUGGAAGAGGAAGAUGAAACCAUAGUUCAGAGGGAGGUUUCUAAUCUUGUACCCAUUGCUGUUGGUUCAGUUAAGGAACAAAACAUGAAAAAUAAAAAACACAAACACAAGCUGCCACAAAACUCCAUAUACGCUAUUAAGCUUUUUUUGGUGAUAGCAUGAGCCAGAUUUGCCAAAAGGCAAAUCCAGGCAGAAAGUUCUGUUUGUUUUUUGAUUGUAUUAAUGAACUGCUAGAACCCCAAGUCAUUAUAUUAAGCUAACAUUAAGGAUUUACUUAGUCCUGUUCUGCUGUGAUGUGCUAUAAAAUAGGAAGUCAUGUUAAAGUCUGAGUAUUUGAGAAGCUGGAAUUCUAAACACUGAAAGAAGCUCUAGACUGUUCUGUGAUGGAUGUGGCUGAACUUUGGGCACAGAAAAUAUUGGCAAAUGGAUCAGGAGUGGGAGUCUGAAAAGGGAGAGUUUGUGGGAGGGAAAAAUAAGGGUGGAUAAUUGUCAGUGUUUCACCUUGUGUUAACUAAAAUGUGAUGCUGCAGCUGAAAAGGCUGUUGUGGUCUCUGGGGGUUGUUUCUGUGCCUAGAAUAGUUUUUGUGCAGUAAAUAGUGAAGCUCUGCUAUUGGCCCAUAAAUUGUGGGAGAACAGAGCCACCAUAGCUGUGAAAGGGCUGCAAACUUCAUUUCUAGAAAGUGGUGUUUGGAAUUUGUCAUCUCAGCCCAGGAGGCGAUGAGGAAGUGGUGAGAAGUGAUCUCUGUGUGUUUGUGGAGGUGACAAACUCCCUUGUGUGAAGAGACUUCCUUGCUGAGGUGAUUUGGGCUGCAGCCAGCACUGGAGUAGCUCAUUAAGUGGUGGCACAAGCUUAACUUGUGUAAACUGAAAUUAGGUUAUGAUAUGAGAGUAUUGAGACCACAGAUUUAAAUAUUCAAGUGGUGAUUGUCACUUGUCAAUGCAUACUGGAAUUCUGGCAAUGCAAGGAUUAUGUGCAGUGAUACCUUUUGUUUGGCCAACUAACUGGUCAAUAAAAAUAUACAUUUCUCUAUUGAAAUGCUUUUUUUUUCCCUUCUUAAACUGAAACAGCAGACUCUAGUCCUCGCUGCACAAUUUAUUUUGCAUUGAGAUUUUAGGUUGUUUGCCUUUUUGAUCUAAAGAAGAGCUUGGAUGUCUAAGAGCUUAUUUGCUCCUUUAAAUUAUUUACUUGGAUUACAUCCACCAAAUCUACUUCACUUGGGCUUUGUCCAAUUGCCUGUGGCCAUUUGGCUCAGCAGGAGAUCUGGAUAACUAAUAAUACUCUUUGGGGUUUUAGGUACUGCCCUCAGCCUUGGGAACUAAAGCUCCACCUGAUGAAACAAGUUCAUCUUCCUUAAACAGGUGGAAGGAGCCCCAGUUCUAUCUCAGUUUUGGAGUCUGUAGAGUCAAAGCUUGAAUCAUGUCAUAAUUAUAGCAGCAUUUGCUUGAAGUGUUUCACCACUGUCUGUUCUUUCUGAUCCCUUGCCUGUGUUGACACCUGAGGACCAGGACAGCGCUCUCAGGGGUGCUCUGGGGGCUGUGGGGUGAGCCUCAGUUUGCUGCCAGCUGCAUCAGCUGCUCCUCCCUCCCUUCUGUGGGGCAAACGAGAGCACUGGAUAGAAAAAGUGUGGGUAACAUGACAGAGGUCAGCUGGUCAUGGGCAAACCACACUUGGGGAAGAUUAACCCCUUGCCACAGUGGGGACAAUGAGAAAGAAAGAAAGAAAUCUGCCCCAGCUCUUCUUCCCAGGCUCAGCUUCACUCCCUCAGUCCUGGCUUCUAUAUCCUCCUCACCAAGAGGCACAGGGUGAUUUGCCAGAGUUGUUACAUUAUAUGCUGAGAGAAUGAUGUAAUAUCAUAAAAGGGCAAUAUUUUGUAUCAGUCCAGUUGUGCUGCUUUGGGACAUAAUUUAAAUUACUGUGGUUUUUAUUUGUUCUUGUAGUUUGAGUUCUUUCUGCUUGUUUAUUGUUUUGGUUUGAAAAGAUAGGUGUUUGCUAAGAAGGGCAGAAACUUCCCUUGAAAUGGAAAAAUGUAAAGCCCCCCUUCCUGAAUUAUUAUAAUCUUGAA